AUGCUACGAGCCAAGCUCUUUAUCUUGUUGCUGCUGUAUGCCGCUUUUGGGUCAAAUUUGGGAGAAGAUAUCGGCAGAUCCAAUAAAUCCCAGCUUAAAGAUGUAGUGCCUCGAGUUUUUAGUCGAAGGAGAAGAGCGGUCUUGUUUCCGCCGGGUUCCUUUGUUAAAUUCACCUGCUCCUUUGCCACAGGUUUGCUGGCCACCUAUCCAAAAGGUAUAAACUUCGUCUUGGAGGAAGCUGUCUACUUUCCGGUGCCUGGAGCUGUGGAGGAUAUAUACCCCAAGAGGUUUUUACCCAAGACCACGACCAAGAAACCGGAAAAGCUUCCCGAUUCGAUUGUCUACAUACCCGGUACCGAUUGGCGUUAUAAGGCUCAGACUUUGCCCAGGCCCAAAUGGAGGCAACCGCCUCCAAAGACCCAUCGUAUCGAUGAUAAUAACUAUGCCAAUCCGUACAAGUGGCAACAGUGGAAUCAGGAACAAAAAUGGCAGAGUUACAAGUGGAAGGGAUUCGAUGAAAACAGCGCAAAGUGGUCGAAAUGGACUACGCCCUCACCAAAGUGGGAAACUAAAUGGAGUCGGGGAAAUCCCAGUGGAGCUUGGAAUUCCCAUCAUUACCAUGGCCAUCGAGAUCGCCGAUCUUUGUUUGAUCGUUUCACCAAACUCAGUUCGCUGAUUGGCAUUGAUGUAAAGUCUUGUAUUUUACGCACCAUCUGCGACAGCAAGAGAUUACUCCUGCCACCUGGUUAUUCCAUGCUUCAGGAUAUGCUACGUGUGGUUUUCACUAUACCCCGUUUGGAUGGCUUGGAAGAUGAGUAUAGUCGUAUAAUGGACCAAGAGCCCGAUGACUGUGCAGCGGAUCUAAAAACUAAGUGUAAUAUGAAUUUAUUGAUUUGGCUGUUGAGCGGCCGAGUGGAAUAAAUACGAGU